AUGAGUAAUAUAUUGCAACUAUUAACUAAUUAUUAUAAAUCUGUAAUAGAGUCAGAAAGAAUCUAUAAUGAAUACAUAUAUUUACAACUAAGGAAGGAGCAAGAUGCAGAAAAAAAGAAAGUGGUGAAAGAGUCAAUGGAUGGGAAAGACAAUACCGAUACGCCCAAUCCAAAUGAUUUGGUUGCAUUACAAUUACAGAAACAAAUCAAUAAAUUAUCAUCGCAGAUACAGACUUUAACUAAGCAAAAUGACAAAUUAAAAGAAACAAACAAAUCACAACGUAUAGCAUCAGAAGAGAAGAUUAUUACUUUGCAAGCGAUAGUUCAAGGCUUACAACAAACUGUAUCAACGCAAAAUAAAAUUAACAGUAAUUCCAACAAGUCUAAUAAUACUAAUGUCAGUACCGUUAAUAAUCACUCUCAAAUGAGAACACCCAUAAAAUCAAAUGAGGAGACAUGCUCUAAUGCCAACCAUACGAAUAUAAAUAACAAUAAUAGUAAUGGGCAUAAAUCAAAAUUUCAUUUAUUGUCACCUUUAGGUAAAAGUAUCUCGAGCAAAUCACGAAGUUCUAAUCAUACAAUAUUUGAUGAUUCCAGUAGUGACAGUGAUGAUGAUGAAGAAAAAUAUGAUAAUAAAUGUAAUAAUGAUAAACGUUUUUUAAGUUCAAGCAAUAAAAGUAAUUCUAAAGAAAUCGAUUCAUUUAUAUUAUCAUUGAAGAAGUAUGAUGAAAGCAGAUUGAAUGAAAAAUUAGAGGAAACACUAAAUAAUAAAGGUAAAGAUACUGUUAUUACAAAUAAUAAGACAAACAAUCAAGAUAAGAUAAAAAAUAAAAAAAAUGGACUAAGUAUUACACCAACUAAACUUCCUGUUAAAAGAGCAAUCACUAAUGAUAAUAGUCAAAACAAGAACAUUAUUACACAGAAAAAAUCAACAACUCAAGUCUUAAAACUAAAUGAGAUAGAUAUACCGAACUUGAAAACACAUGAUUCUACCACCUCCAAGAAACGUAAGUUAUCAAACAAAAAGAUACAAGUAUCAUCCGACGAUGAACAGUUGUUGCAUCUGGAAAGUCAGUAA